UGGGUAGGCUGCGGUUGGACUUGAUGAUCUUUGAGGUCUUUUCCAACCUGAGUAAUUCUAUGAUUCUAUGAUACCAGGAACUAAAUUUUUGUGAAGCAUGCUCGUUAACAUGUUAGUUGAUGUAGCCUGAAUGUUGAAUAUAUGGUUACCUGUUAAUUAUGUACCUCCCACUGAGACUGGUGUGCCCUAUUAUGAGAAAUAUGUAGACCUCUUGUAAAUGGAGAUUUCACUGCCUUUCUUUGCCUUGCAUCUGGAAAAUGGCAUUAUUUUGAUUUAUUUAUUUUUUUUCAGCUGGCUUGGUGAGAUUGUUUCCCACCCUCUAUUUCUGUCCAACACACAAGUCUGUUUCCAUACUAAGGUUGUCAAAGAAGAUGAGAAAAGUGAAUUGGCCUUGGUUAUCAAUACAUGUUUUGGAUGUUCCCUUCCUCCCACACCAUUUAUGAUGUUUUCAGAGAGGUAUUGCAUCCCUCUUUUGUUCUGAAUUCAGCAAAAUACUCAGAUUUCAACCAGCUCAAUGAAAAAUGCAGCGAACGUGGAUAAGUACUGGCUGUACUGGCUGUAAUCCAUGGAUGCACACAGAGCUUGUGAAAACCACCAGAUCAUCAGCAGCUUGAAUUUCUGUUUGUGAGCAUCCCCAGAAUAAUGCAGAAAUAGGAGUUAACACUUAAAAGUUAGUUUGAUGUCAGACUAAAACUACCUCCUUUUGCUCCUUGAGCAAAUUAUGAGACUGUGCUAGAGAUGCUAAUAGUUUGAUUCUCUCUGGUCUCUCACAGUAACUUGCUGGCUUUACCCAAACCCAGAAUAAAUUGCCUGCAUUUUUUUUUUGCAAAAAUUGCAGUUUGAAAUUGCUUAUAGCAGAUAUGAUUGUUUUAGAAUUCUGGAAUAUUAAGCAAAGCACUACAAGGUUAUAAAUGUGAGUGAAUUUCUUCACAUGUAUAAUUCAUUGAUGACAUCACGAACUUCACCAAGCAACAUAAAAUCAAAACUAAAUUUGAAUCAACAGAAAGUGAUUAUUUGGAGAUUAUGGAUGACCUACUGCUAUUCAAAAGGAGAGAAAUCUGUGAGUCUGCAGGGUAAUUGCAUAGUGGAUGCUUCCAGCAUAACCUACAACUUUUUGUUUUAAUGCUGUCUUUAGGAAAUUGAGAGAUUGGGGCUAAUUAAUACUUGAACAUCUAGGUUUAAAGUUAAGCUGUUUAUUUACUGCUAGCAAAGUUUGCCUGUAGGAGGCUUGCUUCAGUAACCUGUUCAGGCAGCUGUUUUACUGCCUCCUCUAUAGUGAAACCAUAUUCCAGUAUGCCUUUGUUUCUGAGGCAUUUUGGUUAGCUUUCAUUCUUCUUUCAUAUGAAUCAAAAGAAGCCCUUUUAGCUCUUUGUAACUUGAAAAGGGAAUGAGUCUGAAGUAUUUUCCAAUGAGCAGGACUCUGAAUCUUGUAUUUAGAUGUACUUAAGAGUUUCUAUUGUUGGGAUUUCAUCUUUAGAGACAUUCUCUUGCCCAUUUUUACUAAUCACUUUAAGUAUUUUCUGGACAAGGUUUAUAGGGUUUUCAGGUGAAACCCCAGGUGUAUUACUAUCAAAAUAUUCAAGUUUACUGAAAGCUCCAGCAGUUUUACAUUGGUUUCUACUUGCAGUUGGUUACCAGGUUAUUGCUGUGAACACAGUGUUUGUUUAUCAAUGUAGGUAUGAUACUUAAGAAUUGUGGGUGGUUUUCAUUUCUUGUCUUUUAAUGUUAGGGUGUUUUAGAUUCUUUUUCAUUUGACAGAAUGAUUUAAGGUUAUACGCAGCCUUUGCAAACCUUUGCUGCCUGAAGGAAAUUCAUUCUGUAGAGGAUUUAUUAGCAAGAUCUUAUCAGAAUGGACACCUUGUACUUUAUGAGAACAAUUUGUCCUCUUACCCUCCAGGGGUGUGAUACAGAGGCAUAUUUGUGUUCUGGAGAGACCGCCUUAGAAGACAUGAUAAACAGGUGGGAAGGAGGCAAAAAGGAGGGAGCCCAUCUUGCUUGCUUGAUAAAUAUCACAGGGAAACGAGCUGAUUACCAUUAAGAAAGGGUCGUUACUGAUGAGGUGGAAAGUGUAUUUCCACAUAACGUAACAAAUGCUGAGGCAUAUUUUUAACCCCAAACAUUUCUUCUAGAUUUACAAAACCAGCAGUGUCACACAGUCCAAGUAUACAAGAAGCUAAAAGACUUAAAUUCCUCUUCCCUUUUUGUUUUAUUCCAAGUUUUUUUAAAGAGAAUGUAUGACUAAACAUCUCUCUUAGUUUGUUACUCAUGACUUAAGACACUGACUGUUUAAGUUCUUUUGGUUCUCACUUUCCCCAUGUAUAAAACACAAGAAGAAACUUCCUGCUUUUACCUGGGUAGUGAGAAGAGCACUAAGGUCUAAGGGAGGACGGUUGGAUUAGAUGAUCUUGUAGGUCCUUUCCAACGUUGUGAUUCUAUGAUUCUAUAGCAAACAAUUUAGUUAGUAUGCUGUUUCAUGAUCUGAUUAGAAUUUCUAUACUCCUAGUUAGUAUUCAUGGGAAGCAAAGUUUCUGUUUAGUGAUAUCCAGUGUUUACUUGCUCAAGGCAAAUACAAAGAAAUGCCAUGAGAUAUCCUGCUCAGUGUUUGGAAUUGUCAGGAAUGGGAGUCAUUAACAUUUCAUGAUUAUUUGCACUGCUCUUGUGUUCAGUUCUCUGAUGAAAUAUGAGUUAACAGCAAAUUCCUUACAGAUGCUGAUCACUGAUUCGAUGUAAAUGCAAAUAGUCCUUUGUCUGAGCUCUGAUCUUUUCGAAAUUCACAGAAGAAUGUGAAAUUGCUUCCAAAGAGACACCAGGAUAUUGUGCUGCACCAUUUCCUAGUUUUUUGGUUUUGUUUUAGCCAUACCAGACCCAAAAGUGAAAGAAGAAUCCCAAGGGGAACUCCUUUGGCAGCUGGAGAUGGAUCAGCAUGUCCAGCACAGACAGCCUUGUCCUGUCUCUCUCCCUUUCUCAGCCUUAGAUCUUAAAGGGGUGGUGACAUCUGAGGUGCUGAUCACAGCAAGAAAUCUGUGAUUCUGUGAAUGUAACCAUUUUAAAUUCAAAAGGGGGAAAAUUGAGGCUUAGAGAAGUGUUAGAUCUGAAUCAGAUACCUAUCCUAACAAUAUGAAAUCACUGUGUUCUGAUUGCCCCACCAUAUGCUCGUUGAUAACUCUUUUCAUUAGUUUGUUUUCUCCAUCUCUUUGCCUUGGUUGAAACGUGUGCUAAUGGUGCUGUUGAUAUAUGGUAUCAGGCUGCUUUCUGCUGUUGGAUUUGAAUUGCCUUGAGGAAGUUUAAAGGCAAGUUUUAAAAUAAAGCCUCAAAGAAAGCAAAACAUUAUUGUGAAUAACAGUCUCUGAAGUACAGUGAAGGUGUAUGCGACUUGAUGUGUGUAAACUAAAUAUGAAGCCUUAUGGAGCGGGUUUUCUGGAUAUUAAUAAGUAACUGAUAUUUGGGGAAAACUGGACUAUAAUUUGAAAAUCAGCAAACUUUAAAGCAUGAGUUUAGGGUUCUGCUUUUGACUGAGACCACUCAAGAAACAGCACGUUUUAUUUAAUCAAUAGUAUAAAAGGAGGAGAGUGACUUUGAUAAUUUAUUGUGGUUUUGCUUUUAAUCUUUUUAAACUUCAGGGUAUGAGAUGAAAGUCACUAAAUGUCUAAGUAUUCUUGUUUGUUUUCUUCAUAGUGCAGGGUGUAGCAUUAUUGAAGACUGUUGUUCAUUAUGUAAUUCUUUACGGUGCUGAAGGUGAGCUUGGCUCUACAUUCAUGUGAGUCUCUGAAGGCUUCCUGUCAUGUCAGCAGCCUUUGUUUGCUCCUUGUAUCACCGGUAUUGCCUCGUAACUGUCAAAGUGUCUCUAGGACUAAAGGUACAUCCCAAGGACUCUAUUAAGUGGCUUCCCAAAUCUCCUAAGCUGUACAGUGGCCAUAACUGGAGCUCCCAGGGCUCUCGCUGGACCUCAUUAAAAGGAAAGGAAGGUUUACAUGGUGGUAACUUGUACAAACUCAGCUCUGCCAAUGGGAAAUGGAGAGAAGGAAGGAUCAGCCCUGAGCAAGAAGCGGAGGAACUGGAGGAUCCUGAUGAAGACGAACCUAUUUCCAAGUUUUCUGGCAGCCUCUUUGAUAAUGAUGUUCAUUUAAGAGAUAAAAGAAAUUCCAGAGCAGCUCUUCAAGACAGGCACAAGUCAACAACGAAGGGGAAAACUGCUCCAGGGACUAACAGCAAGGCGCAGGCCCCUGUCUCAGCAGGCAGCUUACCUGGAGAGAGCAGCAGGUUUCUGGAGGAAUCCAGAGCUGCAGAUGGGACACAACCUCCACUUAAGAUAACCAUUACUGUGUGCAGUCAAAUGGGGAGUCUUGGUAUUAGCAUUGCUGGUGGAAAGGGCUCAUCUCCAUAUAAAGACAAUGAUGAGGGAAUUUUGAUUACACGUCUACCAAAAGGUUGUCCAGCAGAUGUGGCUGGGAUGCAAGCAGGAGAAAGAGCGGCAGAGGGAUCCCUAAUUUCUGAACCCAACACACAUGAUGCCAGUCCUACCGAAGCUUCAUCUAAAGGCAGUCCCUUCCGGACAUUAAACCAUGUCAUAACAAUACCUCGAAUAAUCCUCACUCGCCCUUCGACCUCUGAUGAAGAUACUGACCAGCUGCCCCCAGAUCCAGAUGACUUUGAGAUGGAGGAGCCUCCUGGCACACAACACCACACCUACUCGGACUGUCUGAACAGCGCUUUUUAUCCUCCCUAAUAAAGUACUUUUUUGGAAAGAGUUUCUGAUGAUUAUUUUUCUUUUCCAGUUGUUCAACGGCAUUUAAUGUAGUACUGGAACCGCUAUGCCUUAUUUGUAGGUAAAACCAUAACAGAGGAUGGAUUUGAACUGGGCUGAGGGAAGCACAACCCAUGUUUGUGUCUGGUUGCUUUGAACUUAACUUUGGCCAGAACCUGAGUGCUUGAAGCAGUGUGCACUGCAUGGGGUGCCGUGAAUGUCCUCACAUACUGCAACACCCUCCUGUAAGUGCGUUCUGCAGCAGCUAAGAGCAGUGAUGGAAACAACAGAUGAUUUUCUAUUCAUCUGGAAACACAGUAAAAACUAUUGUGUAUAUGUGUGUAUAUAUAUAUAUUUCAAAUCUUGUGUCCAUUUUGUGUCUUUAUAGCUUACCCUUUUGUCUACCUGCGGGGUCCUUUGAAUUGCCCCUUUUAAUAUUGUUUUCUAUAAGAAUAAAAAAUUGUUUUCUGUCUUA